AUGGAAGAUCAAGAUCGGUCUGAAAUUAUCAGAAAUAAUCCCAUCGGUAACAGCCUCGAGGAUUUCUUCACGUUGUUUAGUUCUUGCUGCGAGAGCAGAAAUAUCUGCUCCUCCGGAGAGGCUCUUGGCCAGUUUAGCGAUAAAGAUGUGAAGGAUCUUAUAGCUAAGCUCCUGCAGGGGCUCCAAAAAGUUGAUGUUGCUCAACUUUUACCUUCUCGGACGCGUGGUCCUCUUCAAGCCGACCUUUUACGGCUUCAACUCUCGCUCGUUUCCGGCGACCUCGACUUCGACCGCGUUAAGCCCCUUUUGCGAGCAGUUAUUAAUAAGAAGUCCGACGAAGAUAUUUGGGCCCAAGUUUAUUAUACUUUUACCGAAUCUACGCUGCCGCCCCGAACAAUCGCCUCUCAUUUUCAACAGACGGCGUCGUCUCCUAACAUGGUCAGUCUCGUAAACUCUUCUGAACUUCGCAAAAAUAUAGAUAAUAUACUCAAAGAGGAGCUUGGCCUCAUGUGCGUUAACGUCCCACGGUUUUACGAGACCUUCUUCGGUAAUAUUCUGAAUUUAGAAAUAGCAUCUGGAGCCAUUUUUGAAAGAUGCUGCAAGGAACCAGACCUAUUCUUUCGCGAAGGAUGGACUGGAUGGCCGAGAGAUGCCGAGGAGUCAGCUGUUCUAAGCUGGCUUCAAAAAAUAAUCAAACAAAUUGCUCUGUGGGCUCAAGACUACAAGCGAACACCGACACGAGGAUUAUUGGCAGAGCCAAACAAGCCGCUCGGGGGCUCAACAGCGAAGCGCAAACUGGAUGUUGGUAUUGUGAGCUGCCCCGAGGCCUCAGCAGAUUGGUCCCGGAUUCUUAUACCCGGAGAGCUGAAAAAAAAUCCAAAAGAAGACCGGAAAGACGGGGCAUGGUUAGACAUCGGAAGAUAUGUAAGGGAGGUAUUUGCCAUGCAAGAUACCCGACGCUUCGUUUUAGCUUUUACUCUCUGCGGAUCUUUCAUGCGCGUGUGGGAGUUUGACCGCCUUGGCUGUAUCGCCUCGACGCAGUUUGAUAUCAAUAAAAACGGGCUUCAGUUUGUGUCAACAAUUCUCGGCUUUUUAUGGCUAGAGGAUAAGGAUAUAGGAUUCGACCCAACUUUUGUUCGGUUCAAUAGCAAGCGGUAUAUUGAAAUAAACCGGGAUGGAACACUAGAACGCAUCGUAAUCGACGAGGUAAUAGGACGAGUGCCUUGUGUCGUAGGUCGGGCAACCACAUGCUGGAAGGCUCACCCGGAGAGGGACCCAUCCACGACACUCGUGAUCAAGGAUUCGUGGCAGUACCCCGAGCGGGACGUAGAAGGCGAUUUGUUAUGCAUGGUAUCCAAAAAGAACGUCUGUAACGUAGCCAGGUACUAUUACCACGAGACCGUUCUUGUCGAUGGCAGUGUUGAUGAUGUUCAACACGGCGUUCGAAAAGGGAUAGAUAUCACCGAAGCCUCCAACUACCAGCCGCAUGACUUAGAUACCCGUAGGAUUUCCCAGAUAUCCCAGGGUAGCAUCGCCGGUCAGAAGAGAUCAUCUAGCCAAACUAGCGAGUGCCUGCCGUCGAACAAAAGAUCCCGCUCAGAGUCUUCAAUCAAAGCUAACCGCAACACACUACCAAAUCGCAUCCAUCGACGCGUUAUUGUUCGCGAUUAUGGACAACCCAUCUACAAAGCCAGCUCGCGCGUAGCUCUUCUUGCCGCAUUAGAAGGCUGUAUCAAGGGACACGAGUCCUUACGCAAUGCCGGCAUCCUGCAUAGAGACAUUUCAAUUAACAACCUCAUGAUCAAUGAGGAUAAUAAUGAUAGUAACCCCUGGUCCUCUUUUUUAAUUGAUUUAGAUCUUGCUAUAAGAGAGGAACGAGAAAGCGCUUCGGGUGCCAAGGAGAAAACCGGCACAAGAGCUUUUAUGGCUAUCAACGUUCUUUUAGGCGAGCAGCAUUCUUUCAUGCACGACCUUGAGUCUUUCUUCUGGGUGCUUUUCUGGAUAUGCAUACAUUACGAUGGACCAGGGAAGAGCAAAGUUGUUCCUGACCUUAACGAGUGGAAUUACAUGAGUAUGGAUGGAUUGGCAAAAUUAAAGAUGGGCACUGUGACAAGAGGGGGUAUUUUUAACCGCACAAUCAAGAAAUACUUUACGCCUUAUUAUAUGCCAUUAGGGCCUUAUGUUAAUAAGUUGCGAGAGGCUGUGUUUGAUAAUGGGCAAGGGGAAGAUGAGACGCUGUAUUCUCGUAUGCGGGAUGUCCUUUGCAAAGCUCAACAAGAUCCCGCUUUGAUAUAUUACGUACUGUGGUAUGGGAUUACGUAAUUACUCACUAUACAGACAAUUAUUGGGCCUUGCCUAGUAAUUACAUAUUAAUUAACCUACCUAGGUUAAUUAACAUCAUUCUAACCCCAUUAAUAUGGUGAGAGUUGAAGAUCGUUCUUUUAUGCCUUUUAAUCUCUU